UAAAUUUAAAUUAUUUUUCACUAAACAAUAAAUAAAUUACAAGUUUACAAUAAAACGAGGAAAAUGUUUAAUUUUGAUGCUUAAACUACAAGUGUGAUAGAUAAUGUCUUUAAAUAUUUAAUUGAAAUAUUAAACGUAAUUUUUGUUUGUGUCGCUCGCUGUCUAUUGGAUUUUGUGUAAAUUUAAUGGAAUAUUUCUUUCAAGUGUUCAUUGUUUAUUCGAAUACAUAAAGAAGAGUUUUAAACAAAAAUGAUUUUAAGAAAUUUUUUAAGAAGACGCACCUUUUAUUGUAGCAAUUUAAUCGUUUUUAUUGUUGUCAUACAAUAUUUGCAACAAUUUACAAAUGCCGUUAAGUUAUCGGGCAAAUAUUAUCCAUCGGGUGUGAAUUUUUUUGAACAUGAAUUUCCUAGUUUAGCAGCAGAAGAAUACGAUCCUUAUGGACCCAACCUCAACGAAGAUGACACCAAUGGCUUAGAUGAUCCAGAGACAAUGCCCCGAUUAUUUCAAGGUGAUAUUGCCAUUGAUCCGUUCACCUACAUAACUUUACGUUUAGGUGUAAAUCCCACACGACAUCCAAAACGUUUAUGGCCAAAUGGUACCAUUCCCUACGAGAUCAGUCCCGUAUAUGAAGAUCAUGAAAGAAAAACUAUAGAACGUGUAUUGCAAACCUUCAAUGCACUGACUUGCAUAAAUUUUGUACCCUACGAUGGUGAGGAAGAUGAUUAUAUACUUAUUUCAGCACCCGAAGAUGGUCCCAGUGGCUGUUGGUCAUAUGUAGGUCGAAAGGGUGGAGAACAGAUUGUGUCUUUGCAGCGACCGGACGAUACGAGCGCUCAUUGUUUUAGCAGCGAAGGUCGAAUAAUGCAUGAACUCAUGCAUGCCAUUGGCAUAUAUCAUGAACAAUCACGUGCCGAUCGUGAUAAUUAUGUUAAAAUACAUUGGGAUAAUAUAGUACCAAAAUUUCGUAAGAAUUUCAAAUUAAUUACGAAAAAACGAGCAAAAUAUGCCUUCGACUAUGAUUACAAUUCCGUUAUGCACUAUGGUGAAUAUUAUUUUAGUAAGAAGAAGGGUAAAAAACCGACCAUGACACCAUUACAGCCGGGUGUACGUAUUGGACAACGUAAAACGCUGAGUAAAAUCGAUUGUUUGAAAAUUAACGACUUAUAUGGCUGUCUAAAAGGUCGACGCGCUAAAAUGUAUCGAAGUUUUUGUUAUUUAUUAGGUUUAUAA